GAUUUGUCUAUGAUUUUGACAACUGCCAAAUCAGCCAGCCUCUCGUCCAGUCUGUUGAAAUUAGUGAAAAAAUCCAAUAUACAUCAUAUUUCUGAAUGAAUACCUUGUAGGACUGUGAUAUUGCGCGUAUGUGGCUUGUUUUGAAAUACCGCAUGACAACGUGAUCAGCAAUAUGGCCACGUACGAGGAGUUUAUCCAACAGAACGAAGACCGGGAUGGCAUACGGUUUACGUGGAACGUAUGGCCGUCGAGUAGGAUCGAGACUACAAGGCUGGUGGUGCCCCUAGCAUGUUUGUACCAACCGCUGAAGGAGCGGCCCGACCUGCCGCCCAUUCAAUACGAACCCGUGCUGUGUACGCGUAACACUUGCAGAGCUAUAUUGAAUCCGAUGUGCCAAGUGGAUUAUAGAGCUAAAUUAUGGGUGUGCAACUUCUGCUUCCAAAGGAAUCCUUUUCCUCCACAAUAUGCUGCCAUUUCGAGCAGCAUCAACCUGCAGAAUUGAUUCCAAACUUCUCAACAAUAGAGUACACUAUCACCCGUGCCCAGACUAUGCCACCGAUAUACACUCACUCGUUGUUGACACAUGCAUGGAUGAAGAGGAACUUGGAGCACUGAAGGAUUCUCUCCAGACUUCAUUGAGUCUUAUGCCACAGAAUGCCCUGGUUGGAUUGAUCACAUUUGGCCGUAUGGUCCAAAUCCAUGAGUU